CUCAACAAUGUUCUGAACUUUGAAAGGGAUCUUUAAUUUUCAAUUGAAAUCAUGGAUUUUGACUGCGAGUCUGACAACACAGAUGACAUUUAUGAAGUGGAAAGAAUACUUGAAGCGAAAAAGAAGGUAAGUUGAAGUUGUCUGUGCCGUGAACUAUUCGGCAUUCUUUACAACGCGAUAAAGUAUUUAUCGGUCAUGCAUACAUAAUUUCAGCCUGGCCGGCCGAAUGUUCAUUAAACUUGAAUGAUGUUUCAGUCGAUCUUUGUAUUAAGCCGAAUGCCAAACUUAGCUCAUGAACAUACCCUACAGCAAGAUUACCUGCCAUUUUUCCGGGAGAAAUCCAAUUGGGAACUGUUAAUUCUCAGUAAUCGAGGCUAUUGUAGUAAGGUAGUGUCGCAAUGCAGGUUUGACAGGAAUUAAAGGGACUCUUUACCUCACGCGACGAAGGAAGUUUGUUAACUUUAAGCAAACACGCUAGACAAAUCCCCCACAAAAUUUUGUCCUUGAGAGAUGGCAGGUGAAUAUCGGGAUAUUUACUGAUCGGGAAGUCUCUGAUGUUUGUAAUAUCGACCUAGGUAGUGUCAUGCCUGUGUGUUUCUGUAUUUCUUGUCUUCCGAAAAUAUAAGUCAGCAUCGCAGAUCUAUCAGUAUGUAGUGGGGAAAUUUCAGAUAUUGUUCAGGUUGCACUGGUAUUCAAGACAUGAAGACCCUCAAUUGAUAUUUUUUAGUUCGUUUUUACCGCUUUAUGUUUAAACAAGUCUCUUUUAAUAUCAAUUGAUAUCGUCUCUUUAGGGAGGGAUAAAACUGUCAAAAUUCUUUCCUUUUCCCUCUGCAAAGGCCUGUCAAAGGUAGUGUGGGGUUUUCAGUUUACAAUCCUCCAGAUGAAUUUGGUGGCUUGCUCUGGCAGAGAUGUACACCUCUGGAAAUCUUAGAUUUCCUGCCACCCCUAUCCCCAAAUUUGUUUUUAACUACUCUGUCUUGGUUUCUCUUCUCUAACUGAGACAAUAAAGUGGACUAAUAUAUUUCCAAAAUGAAACAGAUUUCCCAUAACCCUCCAUUCUCUCCAUUCUCUCCAUUCUCUUCUCUAUACAUUUCCUUUAGUACUGACAAGGAGAAUAUGUUUAACAAUCAAAGCUUCUUUGGGUGGUGAUCAUUUCCUUUACUCUCAUGAUCUUAAUGAAUGAUACAGCCACAUUACUGUUAGGAGAAAUUAGGUGCUGGUCACUCUUAGGGUUAAAUAUGACCAUCUUUGAAACAGGAACUAAUUUCUCCACUAGUGUAAAAUUAAGCUCCAGAUUUGCUCUGAUUUAAGAGAAUUAACCCUAGACACCCUAACAUCAGUAUGUAUAUUCUCCAUACAGUUCUCCAUGUAUUUCCUGAGGUGCUAACAAGGAGAAUUUGUUUAACAAUCAAGAGCUUCUUUAGUUGGUGAUCAUUUCCUUUAUUCUCUGGACCUUAAUGUGUGAUUCAGGGGUGAUAUUGAAAUUAGAUUCCAAUCACUCUGAGGGGCCAAAGAGUUAAUAGACUGUGAGGAGAUCAAGAGACUUAUUGUGUAAUCGGGAAACUUUAGGAUUAUCUGAGAGUGGUAGUAUACCAGUAUAUCUUAUAAGUUAUUUGUCUUAUUUAAGGCAAAGGAAAAUCAUUUCUUAACCUUCUGCUUAAACAAUAAAGAUGCCGUAAUCAAAACAUUUUAAAAACCAUUUAGACAAUGAGUGUAGAAUAGUCUGGUUUUAGAAUUUGAAUUAUGUAGCAAUAUGGUUUUAUGCAUUUAGACCAGAAUAAUUUUCAAUGGUGGAAAGCAGUGCAGCCCAUAAUAGCUGAGAGAUUAUAAUUGUUUGGGGUUCAUCUAGUUAAAAAAUAAUGUUGAUAAAUUAGUUUCUCUACAAAAAUAAUCCCCCAUGUUAUGAAAGUUGUGUUUGAGGUGUAAAAUAUUCCAUCUUGAGAGGCAAGAAAGUCUAGAUGUUGCUGACCAAGCAGAUCAGUCAACAUGAGCCGGUUUUUAACCAAAUCUACCAACUACUCUGCCUUCUUUAGCUAGUUACUUUUACCAUAUUUAAGGUUAUGCAUUGAUGGAAGUUUGCUCCAGCAAAAAAUUUGUACAACAGCCAUUUCCCUAUUUUUGAGUGGAAUUAAUUGAAGAAUUUACCUGCAACAGGUUAAGAUGAGUGAAUCAAGCAAAGAAAUGAUCUUUGAAGGUGGACUGCAAAAAAAAAGCCAUUAAAAAAAUCAGGCUUCAAUGGGAUUCAAACCUGUUCCUCUCUAUUACUAGCCAGGCCUUAAAUACUAACUAAGCUACGAAGACACAUGAUGAGAGCAAGAUAUAAUGUACAUCAGCUACACUUUCAGAAUUUGCCUGAGCCUUUUUUGCCAACUUCAUGGAACGUUUUGACUGAAUUGUUCCCAGGUUAGCCUGUAAUCUGAUGAAACAACAUGGCACUUCUGAUAACCUGGCCACCCAGUAUUUCUUGUUCUCCUUCUCCUUUUAAACUUACCCCUGCUUAGGAAGAAGAGAAGAACAAAACCAAAAGAAAGGAAAAAUGUGAGUUGUAAGCCUCCAAUAAGCAUCAAAAUUAGUCAACACAUCAUAUUUGAAGGGUCUUAUUUAUAGAAUAAUGCUCCUGUCUUUGCCACAAUUAAAAUCUUUGACAAGACCCUCCUCCCCCUUUCAUUGUUGCUGGUAUGUAGCUUGAGGUUCAUGGAAUUGUAAUACAACAUUGCUUUGGGGGUGAAGGAGGCAAAUAGUUAAAUGAACAUUGGCUUAAGAGAUAAAAUUGAAGUGAUAGGCAGUUGAAAAGGUCAAUGUGUCAACAAUUUUGUUGCCAAUUGUAGCUUGCAUGUGCUUGCAUGUAUUUUUAGUUUAUCCCAGUCCCAGUCCACCUCAAUCUCCUUGACAGUGUUCUGGUGCCCAUUAUGUACCUGGGUGGGAAGAGGCACUGUGUGAAGGUAGUGUCUUUCUAAGCUGAUUCUGCCUGUGUCACUGCUGUUCGUACACAUUUUGACAUCUUCUUUGAUCUAUUACCUAAACAGACUAGCAGCACCACAGACUCUAUUUAUUUGAUAUGAUAAAGAGGAAAAAAAUUGUUAAUGAUAAUGUUACAAACUUGAAUAGAUCAUAAGAGAGAACCAAUCAAAAUGCAGACUUGAUCCAGAUUAUUGUAGAACCCAAAUUAACUCUUUCACUCCCAAAAUCUCAUUAGUAAUAAUCAGACAUUAUUGAUAUUUUUCUUUAUUCUCAUCACUCUUCUGCAUGAUAUUUAAUAGAUAUAAGAAGGAGAAAUUCUGUCUUGGUCAAUCACAGCACUUAAAGGGUUAACUAUAUCUGGAAAGGUGGAAAUCGAUUCUAGAACUCUGCACAAUCUGCCAAAAUAUGUAUUUUUUUUAAAAUAAAGGUGCUGCUUCAUAGAUACCAUGAUUGUUUCUUUUAAUUGAUUGCCCACUGUUCUUUUUUAUGUUUAUAAGGACGGUAGAGUGAUAUACAAGGUGCGCUGGGAAGGCUAUGGAUCAGAAGAGGACUCUUGGGAACCAAGUGAAAACUUGCUCACUUGUCAGGAACUAGUUGAGAGGUACUGGGUGCAAAGGAAAGAAUCAUAUAAAAAGCGUGGGAGGAAGCCAGUAAGUACAGUAUGGUAAUCAGUUUCAUUAUUAGUAAGUACAACAAACAAUUUUAACAGGGCUCACUGAUUCACUUAACUUUCUUGCCAUGGUGUAAAAUGGCAAAGCUGAUGGACAUUUAUAAGGAAAGAUGUGAGGCUUGCAUGUGAGCUGCAGUUAAAUAAUUAUAUUUUUCUUUAUUCUUGUUAAUUGCAUGCUUGAUAUUGAAAUUCUUCCUAAUCAGUCAUGGAUAUAAAAAGUUUCAAAGAAAUUGUAUGAAAUAAGCCUGAAAAACAUCGAUUUAAGGCCUCAACAGGAUUCAAGCUGUUGCUGUUGAUGCUAGUUAGGGAAUAUUAGUUGCUCUAGCUAAAAUUGUCCUCACUCUGAACAUGUGGCUUUGAAGUUUAGUUAGUAAUAUUGCUUCAUCAGUAUUUAAGAGGUACAUGUUCUAAUUCAGUGGAAACCUGAAUUUUCUUAGGCUAGGACGGUUAAAUAUAACUGUUUUUUUUUUUAACUUAUCAAUAAGAGCUCGUAUGUUUUUCACAUCCGGCGAGAAAUAUGCAAAACCUGUGAGUAGAUGCUAAAACCAUCAUUCUAAUCCUUGUACCAAGCAAUCCCCUAAGCUUGCGCACAUCUCAUGUCCAGUGUAGAAGUUUUUCUGUGUUCUUGUUAUUUAUUUAUUUAAAAAAUGAAAAAAUGAAAAGGUAAUCACGAGAUGCAACGAAUGCAUACCGCGCAUUCUUGGCCCACGGGGGGUGGGGCGGGCGGUUAAUAAAGGGGCCCUCGCUAGCAUUAGAAAACAACUCUCACUCUCACUGUAACUUAAAUCUUCCGUUCACAGAAGCGGCUGAAAGAAGUUGCGGGAGAAGACAGCGACACUGAUGAAGGAAACCGGAAGGUGAGUAUUCUUAUAUUUGUGAACCACGGUUAAGUCGGGAUUGAUUCUUAGAAUGAGUUUCGCAAAGGCAAAAUUGGAUCGCGUUGAGGAAGUCUGAAAAUAAUAAAUAAAACGAAAAACCAGGACUCACGGGAUUUGAAAAGAUUUAAACCUAUGACUUGGCGUGAUAAUCAUAUGAUGAGCACAUGAGCCCACAAUCAACCAACUCCUACUGUCAGUGGACUCAUGGCUCUGUUGUUUCUAGCCUCGUAAUGGGAUUAUGGAGUCAUAAGUUUAAAUACUCCUCCUCAAAGUCCAGAAAAUGUUCAGGUGAUUCGGUUCUGUGAGCUCUUAAGCGGUGUACGACGAAGCCGCGAGAGGCUUGGGACGAACGAUAGUUUUAACGCUUACUGCAUUCAAAACCGUAGUAUGCGCAUAAAACUGCCAGCCACGAAGGCCGAAGGUUUUCAAGUAUUUAUUUAGCUUGUAUCAGGCAAUAUUCGAAACGAGAUCUUCUCGUGGUCGAAACUAUUUCAGUAACAAAAUAAUGAUAAUGUAGCACAUAGCACAUUAGGUUCAAACCCGCAAAUAAAUUGAUAUCGUUUUAUGGCAAGCAAAGAAGCACAAACUUUCGAGAAACUGUUACGUGUAGGCCGUCAUAGGGUAUCAAUAUCCGUGACAAACAUGUGAUGUAACAUGGCCAUGACAGACCUGUUUCAAUCACGAUCGUUGCAUAUGCGGACUGUCAAGUAUUAAAAUAUCCUUCAGUGUACAUAGUUAUAUGUUAUAUCUCAGGUGUUUUCUCUUAAAAACCUUUAUCGUAAGAAAAUUUCUUGUUAGUCGCUCUUUUAGGUGAUUUUCUCGUUCUCUCUUUUCUCUCGUUCUCUUUUCAUUGCAUCAUUUCCUCCUGUUUCGCGCGCAUAUUUAAAAAACGGAUCUCGUCCGUAUCACGCAAGACGCUUUUUGCUCAAACAACGAUUUAUCUGCCACUGUCUUAAUUCACGUUUAGAAGCAGUGACUCUUUUUUGCAUUCCAGGUACGUUCUUGUAAUUAACCAAAGCAGAAAUUACCGACUCCUACAAAUCUGCGACGUUGUUGUCUUAUGCCAGGCUAGCGGUGCAAGUUCGUUUUGUUGUGGCAAUUGAUUGCAUAGUUUUAUACAAGUUGUGGAAUUAGAUUGUAGCAGUUGAAGCGGUCAUCAGGAAAGAGUGCUAGUCGAAUUUGAAUCUUCCGUGAGCACUUGUAAUGGUUUUUCAUGGAUUAUCUGAACGUAAUAGCACGUACAAAAAGAUCUAUAAAUUUUUUUUGGAAGACGCUCGAUUGUUAUCAAUAAGAGUGAGGGAAUCUAGCAAAUGGAAUCAAAUGGAAUCUAGCCAUUUGUAGAAUGAAAUAUUUUUCUAAAUUUAAAAGCAUCAGAUAAAAGCCCUCUUAGGUGGAAAGGUUAUUUCCUAGCGAAAUAAAUUUUUUAAGGAUUGUGUUAAACAGUUUAAACAACUCAACAGAUUCUCCUUUGAAUUUGAAAUCAAUGUUUGUGUUGUCUCAUUUGAAUAUCAUAUAAUUUAAGCGUGAGUAUUUGCUUCCUUUUGUAAUCCGGAAAAAUAACUAGUGAUACCAUAUCUGCUUUUACUUCUCAUACGCCGCGCUCAAAAUACUCGAUUGAAUGGCCUUAGCUUGUAUAUUUUUGUGAUAUUCAGAUCUUGCUUUUUCUGAUGUGCAUGCGCUUGUAAUUUCUCGAGACUUUUCAAACGCUUUCCCCCUUUUUUAUCGACAAGAUCACGUGCACUUGCAAGGGAUGUACAGUGAGGCCUUUGAUGAUGUAAUUAGUUGAAGCGUUGAGGAAAGAGGAAAAUGAGUUUACACUGAUAGUAGCACUGAUACAUUGUUCAAUUUUAUUAUUAGGACCAAAACGACGACGAUGUUGAAAUGAGUACACCUCCAGAAAAACGGAGGCGCGGCCGUCCGCCGAAGAACAGAAGGUUGGAGACUGAUAGCGGAGCAGGAACUGAAGAGAGCGAAGGAAUCGCUGCUAAGAGAAAACGAGGACGGCCAGCGAAGGAUGAAGAACCUUUCCCACAAUAUGGUCCCUCAGAUUAUUUACUUCUGGACCUGGAUGAAAUAGCUCCCUUGGGUUUAACUCGACAAGCUAGUAAAGAAUUAGCUCUUGUUUCCCUUCGGAAGAAACAAGAAUUUAGUCCUGUUGGGGACGCAAUCUUGGAGAUCCAAGGUGCUUCGGAUGAAACAUCGUCAAAUACGAAAGAGGAAAGGGAUGAGGAUUCCAAAGCAAAUGAAACUUCCAAUGUCGAUCCAAGUACAGUUUAUUCAGAGCAGGACGACUUCCAAGUUAUAGAAAUUUCAUCCCAAAGCACAGACGAUGAGCGGGAAAAUCUACCACAGGAAUCUGAGCCCGCGAUAGAGAAAGAGUGGAUUGUGAUCUCUUCGCAAAGUGAUUCUGAGAGUGAACAGGGAAAUUUACAACUGGAAUUGUCGAGGAAUACGACGAAGAAAAAAAAAGAGGAAUCGAAUAUCCGGAAUACUGAAACAGAAACUAGCCUUGGGAAGAAGGAAAGGAAAACUAAAGUGAGAGAAUCAUUUUCUGUUGAAAAUCAGAGUGAGGCGAAGAAAAGCGACAGUGAUUCUAGUGGUGAUAACUUUUCCCCAAUAAGUUUUAGUAUCGAAAGUCGGACGAAAGCUCUGCAAGGUGAAAUCGAUAACGUUUUACCUAACCUGGAUGAUAAUGAAAUGGUAACAGGAAAAGACUCCGACGAACUAGCGCAAGAAACAGACGUAAACUCGAACGAAGUGAAGUCAUCGCUUCUUCGACCUGAUGUGUCGUCCAAACUUUCAUUGUCGAAAAUGCGAACCUUAGGGAAGUCCAUGAAAGUAAAAAAUCAAGUUGAUGAGAGGUUGCGUAACCCCAACGAUACUAAAGGAAGCGUGGAUUUGUCGCCAAGUCUCGAUGCAAACGGAAAUUCAAACAAAACAGAUGGUGUGUUGAGUUCGGAAACGUCACAGCCACUUGUUCGAAGUUCUAUCGACGAAAAUAAAAUCGAGGAGGCGAGGGGAACACAACGGGACACUGACAUCUUGGAAAUUUCUGCGACGAGAUCGUCGCUCGACGGGGACGUGUCGCAGUUGAAUAAUCGUGUCACAAUGAAACGACACGUUGACAUGGAAAACCGGAUGAAGGGAAAAGCGAAGAGGACAGAAGGACGUCCUAAAUCAAGAAGAGAGUUUAAAAGGCCGCUGUUGACAGAUAAACCAUCUGCAAUACACCCAAACUCCAAUGGGGCAGGCGGUUCUGCGGGGGUUAUGACCGAUUCCCUGGGAAAAAAAACGGACAAGCAGCACAUUGUCGCCUCUACAACCGCUGCUGAUUUAUUACCAAGGCAGAAUAAUACGAAGUCGGUUGCUCUCAUGGAUGGAGAUUUGAUCGGUGCUAUUAUUCAGGAUAGUGGCAAAGAUGAUGAAAGUAAAAAUAAGCCAGUUACAUCGAAACAGGACAAUAUUGACGGGAAAACGCAUAAUGGUACACAAGGUGACGGGGAAAAUGGUAGAAUUUUGGUAAGUUUCUCUUGGAACGAAAUACUAUUAUUCAAGCAUUUUAUAUUAUUGUUUUUUUCCCCAAUGGGAUCACAUGCAAAUUUCGUCAUGUUGUCAAGUUCGAUACUCCAGCUUUCGUGUCUUUCCGAUUAAAGCAGCGAUUCGCUAUUAAAACACUAAUAGUAUCAUAUGUAUUUGAAUUGCAUCUGUUGCGUGGCUCUGAUUUUGAAUCUCCAUCUCUCAACAUCGAAGUUCGCUGCAUAUUUUCCUACACGGAUGUUUUGAACUAGAGAAAAAUGAACUGAUUGAAAAGAAUAUUUAAAUCUUCUCUGUCGUAUUCGGAAAAUCGAGGGUCUGAAUCAAAUGAAUUUUUUUUUUGAAGGGUUUCCGAGAAAAAAAAUCCAUUUUGACGCCAGGUGCUCUAUAUACUGUCUUCGUGCUUUCUUCAUUUACAUUCCGUUGAAAGACCUAUCAGCACAUUUUAUUCAGUUAGUAUAAUUUGGAUAAAAGAUCUAGAAUCUGGUGGGUAAAUAGCGAAAAAUAGGGACAAUUAACGAAUUUCCAAUUGAACAUGUAUUGUUUCAGGCAGGAUUUUGUUUUUGUUUUUGUGUGAGUUUGAAUUUCCAUAAAUGGUUUCCACGACUUCUAGUUUUUUGCGAUAGAAUGUACUUUUAAUCAUUUGUGUUGAUAUUUCACGUACGUCGUAUGAUAUCAUGUGGCUCUCUCUUUUAAUAUUUUUUUUCAAUUUUUGUUGAAAAAUAACAUAUUCCGUUUCCAUCAAAGUGAACAAAAGGAAGGAAAAAUAGGUUUGAUCAAUGAAUGAAAAGAAAGAUCGUAAAUAAAAUUAAGCACAAAGAGAUAAAACAUAACUCUGUAAUUACAUAGUAGCGAGUCGUCAUUAAAGGACGUUGCUAGAAUGAUAAAACAUGUAGACUAAAUCUUUUUUUAAUUGUGUCAAGGACUUAGACCCGAGACGUGGACGAUUUUGGUUUAUGACAAUUUGUCGUCUCUUUUUUUCACCUCAACUUUUUCGAGCGAGAUGUAAGUUGUAUCUUCGCAAGGUCGUGUUUCUCAUUUGAAAGGACAGGACCUUUGGAAAGGCAUCGUGUAUUUUUUAUCCAUUUAUUUAUUUUUGGGACGAAUUGUCCGACCUCAACAUUUCGACUGCAAUCAACCCAACCGCAGAAAGUAAAGUCUAACAAAUGAAAUUGGGCAUCGACGAGAUUUGAACCCAUGCCUGUCAGAUAGGUUGGGCACCGUCUGCUACCAACUGAGCUACGAAGCGACAUGUUCGAAGUAAAUUAUCCCCUGAGGAGGGGAGAGGUUUAAGCAUACCCCGGUUAAUACCAUAAUUCCUUUUCGGCGUGUUUCACUUUCGCAACUAUUGAGUGGUCCAUCUGAUAGGAUUAUCCACAAGUCAGAUAUUGCUCAUUUCAAAUAUUCCGUUGUUUACUUGUUUGCUCUUUUGUUGGUAACAGGACAGCGGAAUGGAAGACAUUUCAGAAGGAGAGGAUGAUCUAAGUGAUUUUGAGUUCGACUUGGAUGACUUUUCGCCUCAUUCUUUCUUUAACGAAGUCGAGGUAAGCCAAACUUACACCAAAAAAGCAACAUGAAACUGUAGAUAUGGACCAAAAAGAAAGCCAAAGUGGUUUUUCCAUUUAGAGCCGCGCAUGUUGAUUAUAUUCCUUAAGUAUAAUACUUACUCAUAUCAAUGGUACGUAUUUCUGUUCUUGUAUAUUUGAAAAGGUAAUUGAGGAAGGUGUAUAUUAUAUAUGCAUACUAUGACGAGUCUCAUUCACUGUUUAGACUCCAGGUUCUUCUCGGUCAACGCGCACGGCAAGAGGAGAGAUGUCAUAGUUUAUGGAUUCGAACCAAUCUUACCAGCUCACAAAAACAUUUGAGCUGAAUACUAUAUUAUAGCCUUCCCAAAACUCCCGAAACUGAAUCAGAAUUGGUUUACGAGAAAAGUCGGCUCAAACAGUGGUGAAAAUGUUGUACGUAAGAGUAUGCUUGAAUAUAGGUUAAUAAGGAAACAGGUGGAUGAAGUAAGUUUAAUUCAUAUGGUUUCUAAAAUGUAUGUAAUUUUUCUUUGCAGGAAGCGAUUGUUAGUGAUAGAGCUCCUUCCCCAGCCGCAGAACCUCUGAUUCUCUCGUGGAGUAAGUCACUGCCGAAUAAACUGUACAAAUUUUUUUUCGGGAAACUUAUUUAAACCGCACAAGCAAGAAUACUUGGUUACAAAUAGUGAAAGCCUUGUUUUUAUGGCAUAUUUGUCCCUUCCGCCUCUAUCACAAGUUUGCAUUUUACCUGGUGGGGAGGGGCUGGGAACUGCCCCAUGUAAACUGUGUAGUUGGGUGUCGCUUGUAUAGUUUUGCUUUGGCCGUAUGGGUCUGGUAACAGGUUUAUAUUUUGAUCAUUAUGGUGGGAAACUGGGUAGGAUUUUUGUGGGACGUGCGGGAGAAAGAGAGGAUAAAAUACAAGGAUAGCUAAGGAUGGCUAAGAUUAAAAUGGAUUAUAGAUGACGGACUUGAACAUUAUAGGCUGAACAAGUUAAGACCCAGAAACCACGAUUUAGCUCAUCCAACAAAAUCUUGAUGCUUGUCUCUUUCAGCCGCCUUGAAACAAGCGAUUCGAGACGGCGACACCAUGCUGGUGAGGCGUGCUCUUGCUGUGCCUGGGUUCAAUCCGGAUACCAUCGACACUGCAUCAGGGAUGACACUACUCAUGUGGGCCGCGACUUGUGGCAAGGAUGACAUCGUGAAGCUCCUAUUGAAAAAAGGAGCUGGUGUAAACACUGAUCAGAAAAGAACCGGAAUGACAGCACUCAUGCAUGCUGCAGAACAGGUCUGUGGAGAAAUGUUUGGCGGGUAGGGAUAGUGCAAUGAAGAAAGGGCGCGCCUCCCACCACCAUAUUGUGUCUGGUGGUCUACUCCUCCUCUUCCCUCUUUGGGUAGAAUUUGUUGUCGGCACUUGUCCAUGUUCCGAGGAUUUUUCUCGUGGUUCUCUUGUUUUCAUCUCAACGAUCCCCUUCCAUUCGAACUUCCAACCUCCAACUUUCAUUCGACUCGGACGAGGAACCUUUAAGUGAUUGUGUCUUGGCUUAAAUCCAGUGUGAUUUUGGUUUUUCAUUUUCAAUAAUCUAACCGCGGUGUGAUAAAGAAUAACUGUAGAGAGGGCUAGACAGGGAAUAACUGUUAAGUGGUUGGUAGUCGUUUCCUUUGAAGCUAUCUUCCGGCUCGUCACUCCUCGUGUGUUCUCCGCUGAGGAAGACAUCCUCUUCGUGAAGUACAAAUGGGCACUACUAAGUUAAUCGUUUUUUUUUUCAGGGUUUUCCAGAAACCGUGCAAAUCCUGCUGGAGUGUGGGGCCCACAUCAAUUGGCAACAGCCGGCAGGCGAGACGGCACUCAUGAGGGUCAGUGGUCAUCGUGAAUAACACACGUGCUUUAUUUAUAGGAAUAGAUAAUUAGACAAUGAACUUUCACUUAUGGUAUAUUUUUGGCAGGCGUGUAAGAAAGGCCAUGAGGAAGUUGUUGGAGUGUUAUUGAAGCAUGGUGUGGACACAAAAGUUCAGUCAAACUACGAGCAGACCGCUAUACAAAUCGCUGUGAGAAACCAGUAUUUUGAAAUACAAAAUUUGCUCUCAGAACACGAAAAAAGGUUAGAUCUUAUUAGUCGUCUUUUCUUUAGCAAUGUGAGUUUAUCUUUAGCUUUACCCAAGAGAGAAUGAAGUGGAGAGACUGAAGCCCCCCUUUCUCCUCUUCAGUUAUUUUAGACUUAGGUACCCAGUCUCCCUCCUCGAGUGUUGCUUGAUUGUGCAGAUGGGGAAUGGAUAUCGUAUGGUGUAGACAAAGGAUAGGUUACCUCUAGAUCUUAUAGAAAUCUCCGAAAACUGUUAAGAUUACAUUGACUUAUGAGGGUUUAUCAAAGGCAAAGGUAUCUAUUUAUCGGGAGACUAAUUCUUGUAGCGUUACUUUUUCUCAACCUUUUUAAUAGCAUGGAAAACACUUUACAAGCUGCAUUGGGGAAAUGUCUGGAAUCAGCCGGAACUUUACGGCUCCCCUUGGUUAUGCCGUACCGCUGUAUUGCUCCGGGGGAGAAAGACAGGGAGACUUUCCUUAUCAAAUAUAACUCGAAUAAAGCACCUCCAGGUAAAUUAUAUCAGCAUUUGUGUCGAUAACGUGUAACUUACCUUGUUGUUGCUUUUUUUUUCCAGCACCUUGUCCAGUUGAUCAGUUUAUUCUUCAAACUUAACCAAACUAAACUUACUAAGUAAACUGUCUCUCAUGUUCUUUAAGUUUCCAGCAAUUCCCAGUAUGUCUAUGCCGAUCAACAACUGUUACAUAUUUGCCUCUAUCUCUUAUAGGCACCAAAGUGGUUUUAUUUUGUGUGAAAGCUGAUUUUUACGGUGAUGAAGUAUGUCUUAGUUUUUGCGGUGACAAUGGAGUACGCUCAAUACUGCUAAAUUCCAGUAUACAGUAUCCACUGGUUCAGGUCAGUAUUGUGGGAAAAUAGCUUUUUCCGCCUUUGGUCACGAGCCUCUUUUUUAAAUCACGUUUCAUAUCACAAAAUCUUCCUAGAUUUCAAUGUUUUUUGCCGCAACUAUUAACAGCUUUUCUUCUCCGGACAGUCAAGUAGCCUUGUAGCUUUGAGGAAAUACACGAUAUACUCCUAAUAAUCCAUAAUCAGUAGCGGUAACUGGUAGGAAAGCCGUCUAAAUUCGUUUUUUGGGGGGUUAUUGUUUGAUGUUUUGGAUUGUCUGAUGAUUUGGGCCUGACCAUGCCCAAUGCCCAAUUCCAAAUUUUUAAGUAAGAUAUCCUCGUAUGGACAAUCUCAUUUCACUGGGGCCCGUUUCUUGAAAGUCCCGGCGAAUUAACGGGCUCACAGCUAUAUUUAGAAUCUAUGAAGAAUGGCGGAGCAGAUUCUGGCACCCUAACCAAUUCAUUUUGUUUGUUUAGCCGAAGUCUUAUAAACUCCCGUACUGAAUGAAAACAGAAGUGCUUUACGGCCCCGAUAAGUUACCGGGAUCUUCGAGAAACGGGUCCCAGACCCGACCCUUAACGAUUCAUUCCUAGCGCGAGUCGAUUGUAUCCGAUGAAUGACGAAAAGCUAAGACGUGACGCCACACUAGACGCAAAACAUUGGCUGAUUAAUUACUUAUCGAGUGUCUGCCUUUUGUUUAUAGGGUAACAGAUCUGUGUACCCCCUGAGUCUUGACAGUGAAUUACCAAGCAAUGAACUCACUGUGGAAACACACUUAAUCAAGAGCAGACUGAUUGUUUGCGUCGCUAACGUGAGUCCAACCAAUGGCGAUAGUUGAUGUACAAUCUGAGAAAUUAUUAUUUAGUGGACGGAUUAUAAACGAAUUGUAAUUCUUAACGGUCAUUUCAUAGCCAAGAAAUUAUUUAUUGGAAGAGAUGAGCGCGCGCUCUUCAAAAGUGAAUACAUAAUUAUAUAGUUUUUAAUAAAAUUUCAUAUCUAAGGUG